UCAUCACACCUAAAACUCUUACUACCAUUCUCCCAAAGACUUGAAAAAACAAUUUUCCACCCAAAGAAGCUUACCAUUCUCCCUCAACCAUUUUUAUAAUUAAAUUGAAUGAUGGCAUCCCACAAUAUCCUUGAACAAAAAUUUGACGAGCUACAAAAAGCAGAGAAAAUAGCCAGAAGUUCAAAACCAAAAAUACAAAGGGUGCCACAGCAUCUCAGAGACAGAAAAAAAUUUAAGCAACAUUACUCACCCAAGUUGGUGUCAAUAGGUCCAAUCCAUCAUGGCAAUGAAAAUCUCAAGUUAGGAGAAAAGUACAAGCUUGUCUGGGCAGCACAAUACAUCAAAGAUUACACCGUCUGUACUCCACAAGAUCUACACAAAAAGAUUGUAGAUAACAUUAAUAUUUUGAAGCGUCUUUUUGCCGACGAUGUUUUAAGUUUAACCGGAGUGUCUCUAGAAGGCUUUAGUAGCCUUGAUGAAAAGUUGUCAUGGAUGUUGUUUGUGGACGGAUGUUCUCUGCUGAAUAUCUUGUUGUGUAAUGCCGAUCUUAAGGAUGAUCAUGAUAUUCUUGUGACGAUGGAUGUACUUUUGUUGGAGAAUCAACUUCCUUAUCUUGUACUGAAGCUGUUGUGGAAAAAUGAUGAUCAACAUGAUGAAUUGAUAGAUAUCAUGAAGAAUUUCCUGAAAUAUACUGAUUGGGCCACACCAGAAAACGAGACUAAAUCUGAUAAUUCGGUCACACCAGAUAAUAACAUGACUUUGAGGUCAGUCAGGUCACGCAUUCAAGCUUGUUUUUCGGUUCUGAACAAAAAGAAAGAAGAAGAAGAACAACAACAACAACAACAACAUAGUGUAUCAAUACAGAAUGAGUCUGAGUUACCCGCUCAUCUUCUUGAUUUUCAGCGUAAAAUCAUCCUCACUAAAUCUUCUUCCAAGACAAAAGGCAAUCAAGAUAAGAAAAGUUCAAAGAAAAACACUGAGAUGAUCACAUAUAGGAAUAUACAAGAUCUAAGAGCUGUAGGAAUAAAACUCAAGUCAAGUACGACAAGAAGUCCAAAAGAUAUAGAUUUCCGUGAGGGUUGGUUCGCUGCAAAACUGAUUCUUCCUGAAAUUGUUGUAGGGGACACCACAAUGGUUUCUUUCCUCAACCUUAUAGCGUAUGAGAUGUGUCCUGAUUUUGAGAAUAACUAUGGGAUAUCUUCUUUUGUAGCUUUUAUGGAUUCACUCAUUGAUUAUCCUGAAGAUGUGAGGAAAUUGAGAUCAGAAGGGAUUUUGCUCAAUCACCUUGGUAGUGAUGAGGAAGUUGCAAAUCUUUUCAAUAUCAUAAGCAUGGACUUGGUGUUUGACUCAAAAACAUAUUGUCAAGUUACGGAAAAAAUACACAAACAUUAUUGCCAUAAAUACAAGACUUGGAUAGCGCUGGGUAUUCACACAUAUUUUAAAAAUCCUUGGACCUUUAUUGCCUUCCUAGCUGCCUUUGUAGCAUUGUCUCUCACUUUUAUUCAAACAUGGUUUGCCAUUGACCCCAAUGAGUCCAAGAAAUAGCUUAACUAUUUUUUAAAGAGAGCUUCUAGGAUGAAGUCACAAAACUCAGUGAGAGACCUAUUUGGAUGAAAUUUAUGUGAAUCUCGCCAUUUUGUAUGCGACCUAUUUUGAAAGUAAGACUUACAUUAAUUAAUUUCAACCAAAAGUGUUGGAAAGAGUGUUAAAAAGAGAAUGACGAAAUUCAUAUGUUUCUAGCAUUUUUUUUUAUAAACCGGCUUGCUCAUGGUUUGUUGUGGCAAAUGUUGUUUAGGUAGUGUGUAUGUUGGUAAUGUCGGUACCUUUGCAUAAUAGUAAUUGUCUUCUAGGAAGGAGAUUAGUGUACUUAUUCUCUAAGGGCUAUGUUGAUUUUUCGGGUUAAAUUGAUGUCCCUUGCCUGGCUAUCUUAGAAUGAAGAGGGUCUUUUAAAUACAGAAAAUGUUAACACAUUUUUUAUCCAACAUGUGUAAAUUGUUGCCUAAAAGUACUCUCUUGCGACAUUUCAUGCGGGUUGCCAACACCAUUUUCGCAACACCUUAUAAUUGUGCCUUGUAA